AUGAAGGCCAGUGAUAAUCUCAUUGAGUCGCGAGAACAUGCGAGCCAAAUUAUCCCGCGAGGCUUGCUGCAGCGCAUCAAGUGACGAGUAUUUAACUGUGAGCUGUUGAGAUGAUUUCCUCAUAAUGCUGUUUUACCGUAUGUUGGCAGUGUCGUUUAUUUCGAAAUCACAUUCAAUCCAAGAUGGCGGAGCACCAGGAAGCAAUUAAGUGUGGUGCGUGGAGUCAAUCUCCCAAGAAGGCCGAUGCCAAAGUCCAGAAAUUCUGCGAUGAAGUCAAGACGGCUGUUGAGGAGAAGAUCAACUCUCCAGAACUGCGCAUGUUCAGAGCUCUAGAUUACAUCACGCAGGUAGUCGCUGGACAGAACUACCGCAUCAGGGUUCAGAUUAACAAUGUCGCCGUAAUCCGCAUCCAAGUGUUCCAGGCGCCCAUUCUAAGCGGCAAGAAGUCUCCGCCUCGACUGACUGAUGAAGCCAACGACGGACCUCUCAAUGGCGACAACUGGAAGCAAUAAUUUGUUCUACCAUAACACACUGGAUCACCUCUAAUGUCUCCAUUGCCUUCCAUAUACCAAUUUUAGUGAAAUAUUUAUACGAUCGUGUAAUGCAGGAAACCCUCGUUUUGUGAAGUCCUAUCGGGCUUACUUGACGAACAGUGCUCAGAAUUGUUGCAGAAUCCAUUUCGCGUACGAUAUCGA